CAAGCCGUUGUAACAAUCAAUUUGGCGCCGGAGAACUUGGCCGCCAUUUAACGCCAUUUUAGUGUUUUGGUCGCGUGGAUUUUAGAUUGUGUUAUUAAUAUUCACAGUGGAGGGAGAUACAGAGAAAUCAGAUAUGUCUUACGGUAGAAAUGAAUGUCGAAUUUAUGUGGGUAAUCUUCCACCGGACAUCCGUACUAAAGAUAUUCAGGAUUUGUUUUAUAAAUUCGGGAAGGUAACUUUCGUGGACUUGAAGAAUAGAAGAGGACCGCCGUUCGCGUUUGUGGAAUUCGAAGAUCCUAGGGAUGCUGAGGAUGCAGUCCACGCAAGGGAUGGUUAUGAUUAUGACGGAUACCGUCUGAGAGUAGAAUUUCCCCGUGGCGGUGGUCCUGGGACUUUCCGUGGCAAUGGUCGAGGCGGUGGUGGAAUGGGUGAGAGAGGUGGCCGUGGGCGAGGGCCUCCAGCUCGCAGAUCGCAGUACAGAGUUCUUGUUACAGGUUUACCACCUUCAGGUAGUUGGCAGGACCUAAAGGACCACAUGCGAGAAGCUGGUGAUGUUUGUUUUGCGGAUGUUUUUAAGGAUGGAACUGGUGUUGUUGAGUUUCUUCGGUUCGAAGAUAUGAAGUAUGCUGUAAAAAAACUAGACGACUCAAGGUUUCGUUCACAUGAGGGAGAAGUUUCCUACAUCCGUGUGAAAGAAGAUUAUGGGGGUGGUGGCAGUGGAGGCCGUGGGAGUGUUGGAGGUGGGCGUUCUCGCUCUCGCAGCUAUUCACCUCGCAGGCGCGGCUCACCCACUUACUCCCCUGUCAGGCGCAGCUUUUCUGAUUCGCGUUCUCGCUCUCGGUCACGAUCCUACAACUGAGAGGUUAAUAUCAUUUCUGUCCUAGACAUUGUCAUUUUUACCCUGCAAACUUUGAUGAUGAGAUUUUACAGACUUGGAGAGACUGCAUAAUGUGACUGUGUUUACCACCCUUCACCACUGCCUAAUCCUCUCUGUAUGACAACCAUGUUAAGUUCAUAAGAUAAUCAAUGCUUAUUAUUUCUGUAACUUUUUAUGCAUGAAUGAGAAGUGUGUAAUUUUAAUUUUUGCGUUUUCAAUGUUGUGUGAAUGGUAGAUGGCACCAGUUUAGAAAGUAUUAAAUGAGUACUGAAGUGUAUUAUAAAAAUAUGUUUCUGCCAAACUUCAGAGGAAUGAAAACUCAAUAGUGUGACAGUACUACAUGGUACAGAAUUGUCUUCUUAACUAGAAAUAAUAUCCAAAUCAUUUUUGUAAUGAUAUGCAUAGUUGUCAGACCCAAUAAGAUGCUUGUGUACAAUAAUUUCUAAUUUGAAGUAGCCACACUCUUCAUAUAAGGCUGUGCAAAGCAUUUCAGAGCAUUUAGGACACAAUAAUGUUUAUAGAUAUUGUAGUUUUAUAUAGAUGUGGAAGUUUCUUCUCAGAGUCUCUGUCAGGGAAAUGUUGAAACUGAAUAGGGUCAUGAGUUGGUAACAGUCACACUUCCAUGCAUUCUUAAAAAGAUCACUUUUGAUUCAAACCAAAUGUAGUUAAUAUUGCUGAGCUUUGGUGCUGUGUAACAUGUAUCAGGUAAUUGAGUAAAUGAUCAAGUUUUGGCUCCCAAUGUCAGUAAUAUUAGGUCUGUUGGUAAACAGAAUGGGAUAUGAGAAGCAGAAAAAAAUCUGAUACAGUUAAGGUUACAAGAACUUUUGUUAUCUGCUUGACUUGAUGAACAAGGGAUUCAUUUGUAUUGUCAUUUUUCUUGUGUACUGUUUCCUAAUGCUGCACUCUUGAGUGAGUGCAUCAGAUUUUAAAAGUCUGAUUCUUCAGACUGUAUCAUAUAAUAGUUGACCAUUGCUAUACAUUUCACAAUUCUGUCAAUACUGCCCUUGGGUAGGUUUCCGCCCAUUCUUGAUUGGAAUGGAAUUGGCAGUAUUUGGUGUCAUUCCCCGAAAUAAAGAAUGCAGCUUGGUUUUGUAGAUGUUGAUGGAUAAAUUUGUCAAUGUGUUCUACUUUGAGCCCCCUUAUUGGUGUGUCUUACUACAUAAAAAUGUCUCUUAAACAAAAAAUGGCAGAACAUUCAGGAGUAGAUGAGUUUUAGAGUAAUUAUUGAACGGGAGCCUUCUGCUUCUUGCAUAACUUAAGAUUAACUUUCUGUAUAAGUAAUAGAAUUCUUGACUUAAAACAUUCUUGGAACUAUUUCAUUAAGUUGCCCCAAACUUGACAAAAAUCACACUUAACUGAAUAUAGUAACUUAUAAUUGCUGAAUAUUUACUGUAAAUGUACAUUAUUUUUUCUGUUGGAAAACUAAACAUAUUUUGUAGCAGUGGGCAAUUCCAAGGAAUGUCAGUUUAUUCGUUAAGUCAGGAUCUUGCAUAGUUACAUUGAAGUAUUUGUUCUUUUUUUCAUGUUGUAUUGUAAUUUCAUUGGAAGUGAAUGUACAAAUUUAUUGUAUGUCUUUAAAGUGCAACUAUUAUGAAGGUAGUGCUUAGUUGGAAAAAAUGAGUUACAGCCACUAGUAAAUUUAAUUUCAUAAGCUGCUUUUGGCAUCACCUUCAUAGAGUCUCACUUCAAAGAUGCUAAAUGUUUUGGUGCCUUAUAUUGCAUUAAUUGUGUUUUUUUUUUCUCUUUUUCCCGUGCACAUUGGAUAGCAAUUGUAUUGGAUGUAUCAACAAUUUGGAAUACAUACACAAUAAAGGAUUGAAUCUGAUUUCUAAAAAGUA